CGUCCAAUCAGCGUCGGCUCCGCGAGUGCCGGGCCAAAUGACAUUUUUUUGAUGCAUGUUGUGCUUCUCUUUCAAAUAAACCCCAACACCGCGGAAUACCAAUUAAUUCCCAGCUUGUAAAACAGAAACAACACAACAACACCGGCCUAUAACACAGAGAUAUGGAUGCCGAGGGCUUUGGGGAGCUGCUGCAGCAGGCGGAGCAGCUGGCUGCAGAGACAGAAGCAGUGUCUGAACUGCCACAUGUGGAGAGGAACCUGCAGGAGAUUCAGCAGGCAGGAGAAAGGCUGCGAUCCCGCACCCUGACUCGCACAUCACAAGAUGCUGCUGAUGUCAAAGCGUCAAUCCUCCUCGGUUCCAGAGGUUUAGAUAUCUUUCACAUUUCUCAGCGUUUGGAAACUCUCAGCGCUGCCACCACUUUCGAGCCCCUAGAGCCCGUUAAAGACACCGACAUACAGGGUUUCCUGAAGAACGAGAGAGACAACGCCCUGCUGUCAGCCAUCGAAGAGUCUCGUCGCAGGACCUUCCUCCUAGCUGAGGAGUACCAUCGUGAGUCCAUGGUGGUCCAGUGGGAGCAGGUGAAGCAGCGAGUGCUGCACACGCUACUGGGCGCUGGAGAAGACGUCCUGGACUUCAGUCAAGAUGUCGAGCCCAGCUUUGUGAGUGAAGUGAACGCCCCGGCCAGGAGCGCCCUGGACAGCGUGGAGGUGGCCUACGGACGACAGAUCUACGUGUUCAAUGAGAAGAUAGUGAACGGUCACAUUCAGCCCAACCUGGGGGACAUGUGUGCGUCUGUGGCCGAGAGCCUGGAUGACAAGAACGUGUCAGACAUGUGGCUCAUGGUGAAGCAGAUGACGGACGUGCUGCUGGUACCGGCCAAAGACACGCUGAAGAGCCGCACCUCAGUCGAGAUGCAAAUGGCGUUUGUGCGUCAGGCUCUCGGCUUCCUGGAGAACAGUUAUAAAAACUACACCAUGGUCACAGUCUUUGGGAACCUCCAUCAGGCCCAGUUAGGAGGGGUUCCUGGAACGUACCAACUCGUCCGCAGUUUCCUCAACAUCAAACUCCCGGGGCCGCUGCCCGGCAUGCAGGAUGGUGAGAUCGAGGGCCACCCCGUGUGGGCUGUCAUCUACUACUGCCUGCGCUGUGGAGACCUGACUGCAGCCAUGCAGGUGGUCAACAGGGUGCAGCAUCAGCUCGGAGACUUCAAGAUGUGGUUCCAGGAGUACAUGAACAGUCCAGACAGACGCCUCUCUCCGACGUCAGAAAACAAGCUCCGCCUCCAUUACCGCCGAGCACUGAGGAACAGCCCCGACCCGUACAAGAGAGCCGUCUACUGCCUGAUCGGGAAGUGUGACAUCAGCGACAACCACGGCGAGGUGGCCGACAAGACCGAAGACUACCUGUGGCUGAAGUUGAACCAGGUGUGUUUCGAUGACGACAGCAGCAGCAGCAGCAGCAGCUCGCCUCAGGACAGACUGACUCUGCCCCAGCUGCAGAAACAGCUGCUGGAGGACUACGGUGAGUCUCACUUCUCAGCCAGCCAGCAGCCCUUCCUGUAUUACCAGGUGUUGUUCCUCACCGCUCAGUUUGAGGCGGCGUUGGCCUUCCUGUUCCGCGUGGAGCGGCUGCGGAGUCACGCCGUGCACAUGGCGUUGGUUCUGUACGAGCUGCGGCUGCUGCUGAAAUCAUCUGGACGGAGCGCUCAGCUGCUGAGUCAGGAACCUGGAGACCCUCCGAUGAUUCGACGCCUCAACUUCAUCCGUUUGCUCAUGCUCUACACUCGCAAGUUCGAGUCCACCGACCCUCGAGAAGCGCUGCAGUACUUCUACUUCCUACGGAACGAGAAGGACAAUCAGGGAGAGAACAUGUUCAUGCGCUGCAUCAGCGAGCUGGUGAUCGAGAGUCGAGAGUUUGACAUGUUGUUGGGGAGACUAGAGAAGGACGGCAGCAGGAAGCCUGGAGUCAUAGACAAAUUUGCUGGAGACACUAAAGGCAUCAUUAGUAAAGUGGCUCUGGAGGCAGAGAACAAGGGCAUGUUUGAGGAGGCGGUGCGACUCUACGAGCUGGCGAAGAACCCAGACAAGGUGAUGGAGCUGAUGAAUAAACUCAUGAGUCCAGUCGUCGCUCAAGUCAGCGCUCCCCAGUCCAACAAGGAGAGGCUGAAGAACACAGCGGUGGCCAUAGCUGAGAGGUACCGCUCCCAAGGCGUCUCAGGAGAGAAAUCAGUGGACGGCACUUUUUAUCUGCUCUUAGACCUGAUGACCUUCUUCGACGAGUACCACGCGGGUCACGUCGACAGAGCCUACGACGUGAUGGAGCGUUUAAAGCUCCUUCCUCUCAGUCAGGACAGCGUGGAGGAGAGAGUGGCUGCUUUCAGAAACUUCAGUGACGAGGUGAGACACAACCUGUCUGAAGUACUCCUCGCCACCAUGAACAUCCUGUUCACCCAGUACAAACGCCUGAAGGGGGCGCCAGCAACAGCGGGCACACCAGGGCGAACACAGAGGACCAUGGAGGACACAGACAUGCAUCUACGAAACCAGGCCAGAGCCCUGAUCACCUUCGCUGGUAUGAUUCCAUACAACAUGGCCGGAGACACCAACGCACGACUGGUCCAAAUGGAACUAAUGAUGAACUGAACCACAUCACACACACACACACCAUUCAAAUCCAACACUUUAAUUUACCUGUCUUUUUGUUUGUGCGUGUGCCACCAUUUUCAUCAGGUUUUUGCAUUUUAAUUUCAUCUCCUCAUCUUCUCAGUUUUUUU